UCUCAAGCUCGCUCGCUCUCCCUCUCCCCGGGCCGUGGAAAGGAUCCCACUUCCGGUGGGGUGUCAUGGCGGCGUCUCGGACUGUGAUGGCUGAGGGGAGACGGCGCUAGUGGGGAGAGCGACCAAGAGGCCCCCUCCCCUCCCCGGGUCCCCCUCCCCCGCCCCCCUUCCCCCUGCCUCCUCGCCAACGCCCCCUUCCCCUGUCCCCCUCCCGGCUCGGCGCAGGCCCCCCAUCCCCACCCCCGUGGGAACGUUCGGAGCCCGCACUCCUCGGACCCUCUCCUCGCCUCUGCCUUCACCUCGGCCCCCGCUCCCCGCCCUCUUCCCGGCCCUGGGCGCCGGCCGGCCCGUCCCUCCGCCGCCCCCCGGCCGCGGGGAGGACAUGGCCGCGCACAGGCCGGUGGAAUGGGUCCAGGCCGUGGUCAGCCGCUUCGACGAGCAGCUUCCAAUAAAAACAGGACAGCAGAACACGCAUACCAAAGUCAGUACUGAACACAACAAGGAAUGUCUUAUUAAUAUUUCCAAAUACAAGUUUUCUUUGGUUAUCAGCGGCCUCACCACUAUCUUAAAGAAUGUUAACAAUAUGAGAAUAUUUGGAGAAGCUGCUGAAAAAAAUUUAUAUCUCUCUCAGUUGAUUAUAUUGGAUACACUGGAAAAAUGUCUUGCUGGGCAACCAAAGGACACAAUGAGAUUAGAUGAAACGAUGCUGGUCAAACAGUUGCUGCCAGAAAUCUGCCAUUUUCUUCACACCUGUCGUGAAGGAAACCAACAUGCAGCUGAACUUCGGAAUUCUGCAUCUGGGGUUUUAUUUUCUCUCAGCUGCAACAACUUCAACGCAGUGUUUAGUCGCAUCUCUACCAGGUUACAGGAAUUGACUGUUUGUUCAGAAGACAAUGUUGAUGUUCAUGAUAUAGAAUUGUUACAGUAUAUCAAUGUGGAUUGUGCAAAAUUAAAACGACUCCUAAAGGAAACAGCAUUUAAAUUUAAAGCCCUAAAGAAGGUUGCACAGUUAGCAGUUAUAAAUAGCCUGGAAAAAGCAUUUUGGAACUGGGUAGAAAAUUAUCCAGAUGAAUUUACAAAGCUGUACCAGAUUCCGCAGACUGAUAUGGCUGAGUGUGCAGAAAAACUGUUUGACUUGGUGGAUGGUUUUGCCGAAAGCACCAAGCGUAAAGCAGCGGUUUGGCCACUGCAAAUCAUUCUCCUUAUCUUGUGUCCAGAAAUAAUUCAGGAUAUCUCCAAGGAUGUGGUUGAUGAAAACAACAUGAAUAAGAAGUUGUUUCUGGACAGCCUACGGAAAGCACUUGCCGGCCAUGGAGGAAGCAGGCAGCUGACGGAGAGUGCUGCAAUAGCCUGUGUCAAACUGUGCAAAGCAAGUACUUACAUCAACUGGGAAGACAACUCUGUCAUUUUCCUCCUAGUCCAGUCCAUGGUGGUUGAUCUUAAGAACCUGCUUUUUAAUCCAAGUAAGCCAUUCUCAAGAGGCAGUCAGCCCGCAGAUGUGGAUCUGAUGAUUGACUGCCUUGUCUCUUGCUUUCGUAUAAGCCCUCACAACAACCAACACUUUAAGAUCUGCCUGGCUCAGAAUUCCCCUUCUACAUUUCACUAUGUGCUGGUAAAUUCACUCCAUCGAAUCAUCACCAAUAGCACUUUCAAGCAUGGACUUGGCACUGCUUCUGCGUUGGAUUGGUGGCCUAAGAUCGAUGCUGUAUAUUGUCACUCAGUCGAGCUUCGAAACAUGUUUGGUGAAACGCUUCAUAAAGCAGUGCAGGGUUGUGGAGCACACCCAGCAAUACGAAUGGCACCGAGUCUUACAUUUAAAGAAAAAGUAACAAGCCUUAAAUUUAAAGAAAAACCUACAGACCUGGAGACAAGAAGCUAUAAGUAUCUUCUCCUGUCCAUGGUGAAACUCAUUCAUGCGGAUCCAAAGCUCUUGCUUUGUAAUCCAAGGAAACAGGGGCCUGAAACCCAAGGCAGUACAGCGGAAUUAAUUACAGGGCUCGUCCAGCUGGUCCCUCAGUCACACAUGCCAGAGAUCGCACAGGAGGCAAUGGAGGCUCUGCUGGUUCUUCAUCAGUUAGAUAGCAUUGAUUUGUGGAAUCCUGAUGCUCCUGUGGAAACAUUUUGGGAAAUUAGCUCUCAAAUGCUUUUUUACAUCUGCAAGAAAUUAACUAGCCAUCAAAUGCUUAGUAGCACAGAAAUUCUCAAAUGGUUGCGGGAAAUUUUGAUCUGCAGGAAUAAAUUUCUUCUUAAAAAUAAGCAGGCAGAUAGAAGUUCCUGUCACUUUCUCUUCCUUUACGGGGUAGGAUGUGAUGUUCCUUCGAGUGGAGCUACCAGUCAGAUGUCCAUGGAUCAUGAAGAAUUAAUACGUACUUGUACGCCUGGAGCCUCUCUUCGGAAGGGAAAAGGAAACUCAUCCAUGGAUAGUGCAGCAGGGUGCAGCGGCACACCGCCGAUAUGCCGACAGGCUCAGACCAAACUCGAAGUGGCCCUGUACAUGUUUCUGUGGAGCCCUGACACUGAAGCUGUUCUGGUUGCCAUGUCCUGCUUCCGCCACCUCUGUGAGGAGGCAGAUAUCCGGUGUGGGGUGGAUGAAGUGUCGGUGCACAACUUCUUGCCCAACUAUAACACAUUCAUGGAAUUUGCCUCUGUCAGCAAUAUGAUGUCAACAGGAAGAGCAGCACUUCAGAAAAGAGUGAUGGCACUACUCAGGCGCAUCGAGCACCCCACUGCAGGAAACACGGAGGCUUGGGAAGAUACACAUGCAAAGUGGGAACAAGCCACAAAACUAAUCCUCAACUAUCCAAAAGCUAAAAUGGAAGAUGGCCAGGCUGCUGAAAGCCUUCACAAGACCAUUGUUAAGAGGCGAAUGUCUCAUGUGAGUGGAGGAGGAUCCAUAGAUUUGUCUGACACGGACUCCCUACAGGAAUGGAUCAACAUGACUGGCUUCCUUUGCGCCCUUGGGGGAGUGUGCCUGCAGCAAAGAAGCAACUCUGGCUUGGCAACCUAUAGCCCCCCUAUGGGCCCAGUCAGUGAACGCAAGGGUUCCAUGAUUUCGGUGAUGUCCUCGGAGGGAAAUGCGGAUACACCUGUCAGCAAAUUUAUGGAUCGGCUGUUAUCCUUAAUGGUGUGUAACCAUGAGAAAGUGGGACUUCAAAUACGGACCAACGUUAAGGAUCUGGUGGGUCUAGAAUUGAGUCCUGCUCUUUAUCCAAUGCUAUUUAACAAAUUGAAGAAUACCAUCAGCAAGUUUUUUGACUCGCAAGGACAGGUUUUAUUGACCGACACCAAUACUCAGUUUGUGGAGCAAACCAUAGCUAUAAUGAAGAACUUACUAGAUAAUCAUACCGAAGGCAGCUCCGAACAUCUGGGGCAAGCUAGCAUUGAAACAAUGAUGUUAAAUCUAGUCAGAUAUGUUCGAGUGCUUGGGAACAUGGUCCAUGCAAUUCAAAUAAAAACGAAGCUGUGUCAGUUAGUCGAGGUAAUGAUGGCAAGGAGAGAUGACCUCUCAUUUUGUCAAGAGAUGAAAUUUAGGAAUAAAAUGGUAGAAUACCUGACAGACUGGGUCAUGGGAACAUCAAACCAAGCAGCAGAUGAUGAUGUAAAAUGUCUUACAAGAGACUUGGACCAGGCGAGCAUGGAAGCCGUUGUUUCACUCCUGGCUGGUCUUCCACUGCAGCCUGAGGAAGGAGAUGGUGUGGAAUUGAUGGAAGCCAAGUCACAGUUAUUUCUGAAGUAUUUCACAUUGUUUAUGAACCUUUUGAAUGACUGUAGUGAAGUUGAAGAUGAAAAUGCACAAACAGGUGGCAGGAAACGUGGCAUGUCCCGGAGGCUGGCAUCACUGAGGCACUGCACAGUCCUUGCAAUGUCCAACUUACUCAAUGCUAAUGUGGACAGUGGCCUCAUGCACUCCAUAGGUUUAGGUUAUCACAAAGAUCUUCAGACAAGAGCUACAUUUAUGGAAGUUCUGACAAAAAUCCUCCAGCAAGGCACAGAAUUUGACACGCUUGCAGAAACGGUGCUGGCCGACCGGUUUGAGAGGCUGGUGGAGUUGGUCACAAUGAUGGGAGACCAGGGAGAGCUCCCAAUAGCCAUGGCUUUGGCCAACGUGGUCCCGUGUUCUCAGUGGGAUGAACUAGCUCGAGUUCUAGUGACUCUGUUUGAUUCUCGGCAUUUGCUCUACCAACUGCUCUGGAACAUGUUUUCUAAGGAAGUAGAAUUGGCAGACUCCAUGCAGACUCUUUUCCGAGGAAACAGCUUAGCCAGUAAAAUAAUGACCUUCUGUUUCAAGGUAUAUGGUGCUACCUACCUACAAAAACUCCUGGAUCCGUUAUUACGAAUCGUGAUCACAUCCUCUGACUGGCAACAUGUUAGCUUUGAAGUGGAUCCUACCAGGUUAGAACAAUCAGAGAGCCUUGAGGAAAACCAACGGAACCUUCUGCAGAUGACUGAAAAGUUCUUCCAUGCCAUCAUCAGUUCCUCCUCAGAAUUCCCCCCUCAGCUUCGAAGUGUGUGCCACUGUUUAUACCAGGCAACUUGCCACUCCCUACUGAAUAAAGCUACAGUAAAAGAAAAAAAGGAAAACAAAAAAUCAGUGGUUAGCCAGCGUUUCCCUCAGAACAGCAUCGGUGCGGUGGGAAGUGCCAUGUUCCUCAGAUUUAUCAAUCCUGCCAUUGUCUCACCGUAUGAAGCAGGGAUUUUAGAUAAAAAGCCGCCACCUAGAAUUGAAAGGGGCUUGAAGUUAAUGUCAAAGAUACUUCAGAGCAUUGCCAAUCAUGUUCUCUUCACAAAAGAAGAGCAUAUGCGGCCUUUUAAUGAUUUUGUGAAAAGCAACUUUGAUGCAGCGCGGAGGUUUUUCCUUGAUAUAGCAUCUGAUUGUCCUACCAGUGAUGCAGUAAAUCAUAGUCUCUCCUUCAUCAGCGAUGGCAAUGUGCUUGCUUUACAUCGUCUACUCUGGAACAAUCAAGAGAAAAUUGGCCAGUAUCUUUCCAGUAACAGGGAUCACAAAGCUGUUGGAAGACGACCUUUUGAUAAGAUGGCAACACUUCUUGCGUACUUGGGUCCUCCAGAGCACAAACCUGUGGCCGAUACACAUUGGUCCAGCCUUAACCUUACCAGUUCAAAGUUUGAGGAAUUUAUGACUAGGCAUCAAGUACAUGAAAAAGAAGAGUUCAAGGCUUUGAAAACAUUAAGUAUUUUCUACCAAGCUGGGACUUCCAAAGCUGGGAAUCCUAUAUUUUAUUAUGUUGCACGGAGGUUUAAAACUGGCCAAAUCAAUGGCGAUUUGCUGAUAUACCACGUCUUGCUGACUUUAAAGCCAUAUUAUGCAAAGCCAUAUGAAAUUGUAGUGGACCUUACCCAUACCGGGCCUAGCAAUCGCUUUAAAACGGACUUUCUCUCCAAGUGGUUUGUUGUUUUUCCUGGCUUUGCUUAUGACAAUGUCUCUGCAGUCUAUAUCUAUAACUGCAACUCCUGGGUCAGAGAGUAUACCAAGUAUCACGAACGGCUACUGACUGGCCUCAAAGGCAGCAAGAGGCUCAUUUUCAUCGACUGUCCUGGGAAACUGGCUGAGCACAUAGAGCAUGAACAACAGAAACUGCCUGCUGCCACGCUGGCUUUAGAAGAGGACCUGAAGGUAUUCCACAAUGCGCUCAAGCUAGCUCACAAAGACACCAAGGUUUCUAUUAAAGUUGGUUCUACUGCUGUUCAAGUAACCUCAGCAGAGCGAACAAAAGUCCUAGGACAGUCGGUCUUUCUAAAUGAUAUCUAUUAUGCUUCGGAAAUUGAAGAGAUCUGCCUGGUGGAUGAGAACCAGUUUACCUUAACCAUUGCAAACCAGGGCACACCGCUCACCUUCAUGCACCAGGAGUGCGAAGCCAUCGUCCAGUCUAUCAUUCACAUCCGGACCCGCUGGGAGCUGUCGCAGCCCGACUCCAUCCCCCAGCACACCAAGAUUCGGCCAAAAGAUGUCCCUGGGACACUACUCAAUAUUGCAUUACUUAAUUUAGGCAGUUCCGACCCUAGUUUACGGUCAGCUGCCUAUAAUCUUCUCUGUGCCUUAACUUGUACCUUUAAUUUAAAAAUCGAGGGCCAGCUACUAGAGACGUCAGGUUUAUGCAUCCCUGCCAACAACACCCUCUUUAUUGUCUCUAUUAGUAAGACACUGGCAGCCAAUGAGCCACAUCUCACCUUAGAAUUUUUGGAAGAGUGUAUUUCUGGAUUUAGCAAAUCUAGUAUUGAAUUGAAACACCUUUGUUUGGAAUACAUGACUCCAUGGCUGUCAAACCUAGUCCGUUUUUGUAAGCACAAUGAUGAUGCCAAACGACAAAGAGUUACUGCCAUUCUCGAUAAGCUGAUAACAAUGACCAUAAAUGAGAAACAGAUGUACCCAUCUAUUCAAGCCAAAAUAUGGGGGAGCCUUGGGCAGAUUACAGAUCUCCUUGACGUUGUACUAGACAGUUUCAUCAAAACCAGUGCGACAGGUGGCUUGGGAUCAAUAAAAGCCGAGGUGAUGGCAGAUACUGCCGUAGCUUUGGCUUCUGGAAAUGUGAAAUUGGUUUCCAGCAAGGUUAUUGGAAGGAUGUGCAAAAUAAUUGACAAGACAUGCUUGUCUCCAACUCCUACCUUAGAGCAGCAUCUCAUGUGGGACGACAUUGCCAUCCUUGCACGCUACAUGCUGAUGCUGUCCUUCAACAAUUCCCUUGACGUGGCAGCUCAUCUCCCCUACCUCUUCCACGUUGUUACUUUCUUAGUAGCCACGGGGCCGCUCUCCCUUAGAGCUUCCACACACGGAUUGGUCAUUAAUAUCAUUCACUCUCUGUGUACUUGUUCACAGCUGCAUUUUAGUGAAGAGACCAAGCAAGUUUUGAGACUCAGUCUGACAGAGUUCUCCUUACCCAAGUUUUACUUGCUGUUUGGCAUUAGCAAAGUCAAGUCAGCUGCCGUCAUUGCCUUCCGCUCCAGUUACCGGGACAGGUCGUUCUCUCCUGGCUCCUAUGAGAGGGAGACUUUUGCUUUGACAUCCUUGGAAACAGUCACAGAAGCUUUGUUGGAGAUAAUGGAGGCAUGUAUGAGAGAUAUUCCAACAUGCAAGUGGCUGGACCAGUGGACGGAACUAGCUCAAAGAUUCGCAUUCCAAUAUAAUCCAUCCCUGCAACCGAGAGCUCUUGUUGUCUUUGGCUGUAUUAGCAAGCGAGUGUCUCAUGGGCAGAUAAAGCAGAUUAUCCGUAUUCUUAGCAAGGCACUUGAGAGUUGCUUAAAAGGACCUGAUACUUACAACAGUCAAGUUCUAAUAGAAGCCACAGUAAUAGCGCUAACCAAAUUACAGCCGCUCCUCAAUAAGGACUCCCCUCUGCACAAAGCCCUCUUUUGGGUAGCUGUGGCUGUGCUGCAGCUCGAUGAGGUCAACUUGUAUUCAGCAGGCACCGCACUUCUUGAACAAAACCUGCACACCUUAGACAGUCUGCGGAUAUUCAACGACAAGAGUCCAGAGGAAGUAUUUAUGGCAAUCCGGAACCCUCUGGAAUGGCACUGCAAGCAGAUGGAUCAUUUUGUUGGACUCAAUUUCAACUCUAACUUUAACUUCGCGCUGGUUGGACACCUCUUAAAAGGGUACAGGCAUCCUUCACCUGCCAUUGUUGCAAGAACGGUCAGAAUUCUGCAUACACUACUGACUCUGGUCAACAAACAUAGAAACUGUGACAAAUUUGAGGUGAACACACAGAGCGUGGCUUACUUGGCAGCCUUACUCACAGUGUCUGAGGAGGUUCGAAGUCGCUGUAGCCUAAAACAUAGAAAGUCUCUUCUUCUUACUGAUAUUUCAAUGGAAAAUGUUCCUAUGGAUACAUAUCCCAUCCAUCAUGGCGACCCCAGCUAUAGGACGCUAAAGGAGAACCAGCCGUGGUCAUCUCCCAAAGGUUCUGAGGGGUACCUUGCAGCCACCUAUCCAGCCGUGGGCCAGACCAGUCCCCGGGCCAGGAAGUCCAUGAGCUUGGACAUGGGGCAACCUUCUCAGGCCAACACAAAGAAGUUGCUGGGAACAAGGAAAAGUUUUGAUCACUUGAUAUCAGACACAAAGGCUCCUAAAAGGCAAGAAAUGGAAUCAGGGAUCACAACACCCCCCAAAAUGAGGAGAGUAGCAGAAACUGAUUAUGAAAUGGAAACUCAGAGGAUUUCCUCAUCACAACAACACCCGCAUUUGCGUAAAGUUUCGGUGUCUGAAUCAAAUGUUCUCUUGGAUGAAGAAGUACUUACUGAUCCAAAGAUCCAAGCGCUUCUUCUUACCGUUCUGGCUACACUGGUAAAAUAUACCACGGAUGAGUUUGAUCAGCGAAUUCUUUACGAAUACUUAGCGGAAGCCAGUGUUGUUUUCCCCAAGGUUUUUCCAGUCGUACACAAUUUGUUGGACUCUAAGAUCAACACCCUAUUGUCAUUGUGCCAAGAUCCAAAUUUGUUAAAUCCAAUUCAUGGAAUUGUGCAGAGUGUGGUGUACCAUGAGGAAUCUCCACCACAGUACCAGACAUCGUACCUGCAAAGUUUUGGUUUUAAUGGCUUGUGGCGGUUUGCAGGACCCUUUUCAAAGCAAACCCAAAUCCCAGACUAUGCUGAGCUUAUUGUUAAGUUUCUUGAUGCCUUGAUUGACACGUAUUUGCCUGGAAUUGAUGAAGAAACCAGUGAGGAGUCCCUCCUGACACCCACUUCUCCUUAUCCUCCUGCAGUGCAGAGCCAGCUUAGUAUCACUGCUAACCUUAACCUUUCUAAUUCCAUGACCUCACUCGCAACUUCCCAGCAUUCCCCAGAGGACAGUGUUUCUCCAAGUGUGAUUCCUAGACCAGCAUCGGCGUCAUUUGGGAGCUCGCUAGAAUGCAGGUGCUACAGUCCCACUGCAGACCUCCUGCGGAUCGACAAGGAGAACGUUGAACUCUCCCCCACCUCUGGCCACUGUAACAGUGGACGCACUCGCCAUGGAUCCGCAAGCCAGGUGCAGAAGCAAAGAAGCGCUGGCAGUUUCAAACGUAAUAGCAUUAAGAAGAUCGUGUGAAGCUUUCUUCCUUUCCUUUUUCAAACAGACUUAACUCACACGGGCUCUUCGCCAGUGACCCCUCACCACCGUGCUGUGACGCUGCACUUCAUGUUCCACGAGGAGCCCGUCCGAGUCUGCCAUGUUGCCAGAUGAUCAACUCUUGGAAGCAUUGCCUAAAUCUGAUGCUGCUUUUUCUUUAACUUUUGUUGUUGUCGUCGUUCUCCUACUUUUGGUGUGUCUGGUGUGAGCAGGUGUUCGGAACAACUGCAAAGAAAGUGGGAGGUCAGGACGCUUGAACUGAGAACGUCCCACUUGUGAGAAAGGAUGAACUCUUGAUUACUGCUACCACUGGCCAGCUAUGAAAGCCAUUUGCACAGAGCUCUGCCUUCUAUGUUUUCCCCUCCUUCGUCCUACAAAGUAAAGUGUUAGUCUCACUUACACACUUUUCGAGAUAGGAGUUCAUGGGACAAGUAGCACUAUAACCCCGGUAUGUUUAAUCUGACUUUUAGCUGUGGACUUUUUUUUACCUUACAAAACCGAAGGAACCGUAGACGUCAAGCCUCAGUGACUUCACACCGUAAAGCCACAGGCAAGGUACUUUGGGGGGUGGAGGGAUUUAGAGUUUUGUAAUGAGUUCUUACGAAAUACUAACACUCGAGUAUUAGCAAUAAUCACAGGAAAGGAAGCAUAACCACGUAUAUCUUAACAUUACCGAAUUAAAGCGACGGGUUCUGAGGCCUUAUCCAAACUCAGUCAUCCAAACUAGUUUAUUUUUGUCUCCAGUUGAUUAUCUUUUAACCUUUAAGUAUGCUGAAAGUUGUUGUUUCUGUUUUUGUAAGCCAAAACUAUACUAAGUAUAGUCAUGAUCUGUUUUCCCCCUCCUUCUCUUCUUUCCUAAAUAAUUCUGAGCAGGGUAACCCGUGAACAAAGUGUUGGAAAUUGUUCCUUGAAGGUCAUUUUCGUAAAUGUUUGCAUUAGCUCCAUAGCAAAAUGGAAUGGUACGGGACUUCUAGAGUAGCUGAUGCUUUUCAUUUCGUUGGAUGAUUUUCCCAGAAACAGAGUGUGGUGUAUAUUAUCAAAAGUUUCUUUGAUGACAUGUAUUUUAAGUGUCUUGUGAUCUCACCCCCUCCCCUCCGAAAAAAUCAGGAAUCCUUUUAGCAAACCAUUUGGGUUCUAUAUGAUAGAACUGCAUUUAACCACUGUGAAAGGACGGGCCGGCCUGCAUUAGUGUGACAAUAGGGGACCUUAACAGUUGCUGCUAUACUGAACCGUAUGGGUUAUCCUGGUGUUGGAAUUUCCCUGGUAAUGCAGACCCAAGUUUUGGGUGGUACCUGCAGUAUGCAAAAUGAUUUGACUUCAGUGAACACAGUCGUAGUAUCCGGAUGUUCCAAUUUAGAACUGAACCGUAUUUAUUACAAAAAGAUAAUAUCCCCCUAUUCCCAGGUUCCCUUUAUAUGUUCCGAUGUGAUGGCUUUGGGAGGGGAAAGAAACGUAGGGGAGGGGAGCCUCCUGUAGUGCUAUUCCAUGAGCGGAUUUCAGUAAAUUAAAUUCCACAGCUAAAUCAAGAAAUAAUGGUACAUUGAAGUGUUCUGAUUUUAAUAAUAUAACACAUUUCACAUUUAUCCACACAGUAACAAUGUAAUAUGUUAAUGUAAAUAAAAUUGCUUUUGAUAUUGAGAAAUAACAAGAAUUUAAUUUUUUUAAUUUGUUUACAGUCUCGGAAAAGUAAGAACCAUCUGCCAAAAUAAAAGGAGAAAACACUUUAGUUAAUACUAAAGUUAAUAGUUAUUUUGACAUAGAACUGUUGGAAAAUAUUGAAGACAGGUGCAAUUAACUAAAUUUGUGUUUUUAUUGUAGAGGCUGCGUUAGAGUAGUGUUUAUGGUAACAGAGCAACUAAGUCUCUAAAGAUGCUAAGACUAGAGCUGAGUUUAGAGGUAGAUCCUUAACAACCCGAUGCCGCGCUGCUGUUAAGGUCGUGGUUCUCCCACGACCCCGUGCUCCUGGGAAGGUAUCGCGACUCCUUGGAUCCUGGAAUAAAAGGCAGAUGUGAGCCUUUAAUCAUUGUGGUUCCACGUUUUUCCUCUUGGUUGGUUCGGUGCGUGUCGGUGGGUGUUGUCACACUGUUCUGCUUCUCCCAAUCAAAAUAGAGCAACUGCCAAAGGUUUUCUGUUAAAAAUAGUGAUGUUUCCAUAACAAACUUUUCCAGGUAUGAUAUUUCUUAAAUUUAUUCAUUAUUUCCCUCUAGUGUAAUGAAUGGAAUGAAUUCACUUGAAGUACCUCACGAAAUGAUCAGCGUUGCACAAAUCAAAAUUGAGCCUUCUUUGAACUGCGAAAAUACUUUUUUGAUCAGUACAUCCUGGAAAUUUGAGAACGCCCUAAGGUUUAAAAUUUACCUUGUUUAGAGAACUUCUGACUUUUGAGGAGAACCUAACUUUCCAAGUAACUAAAAUGAACAUGAGCCUAAGCCUCACCAGUACUCGUCCCCUGAGAAAUGAAACACUCUCUCAGGCUUCCUGCCACCAUCUAUCUACACAAGAAAUCUGAGGUUCAGAGCAAGUUGCCCAUUUUGCGUAAUCCGAUGUGAGUUCUACAAAGAACAUCAUAAUUGGGGUUCGUGGAUGUUUCCCCUGACUUGCUAAAGAGGCAAACGUGACGCAGCACGUCGCUGUGCAGAACCCACCUGUUUUAUCACGGGCCCCAUCCCAGGGGUGCGCCCUCAUUCACCAACAUCGCGACGCCGUUCCCUGGCUCUGGGGGAAAACGGCGAGGCUCUGCCCUUCAUCCACUCACCCCUCCCCUGCCUGUUACAGAAUGCCAGCCCCGUGCAAUCCUGAUGGGGGGCGGGGAGGGAGGAGAAGGGGGCGCCUGGACCCCCAGGAGCAGUCAGCUGCCACCCCCACAGGACUCCCUCCCUGCUUAGCGGGUUUUAGGCUUUUUCCGUUUUGUUUUGGCUUUCUGUUUGCUACACCCCUCCCAGCCCUCCAGGCAUCAUGAGGCAUGUCUUAUUCAAUGUUAUGCAAUGGACUUCUAAACAAAAUUCACUCUUCGUGUCAGCCACACAAUUUUUUUUAAAGCAGUAUAUUCACCUGUAAAUAGUUUGUGUAAAAUUUGACAGAAAAGUAUAUUUACUACACUGUAAAUACAUGUGAUGAUAUAUUGUAUUAUUUUGCUUUUUUUGUAAAGCAGUUAGUUGCUGUACAUGGAUAACAAAAAUUUGAUUAUUCUCGUGUUAGUAUUGUUAACUUCUUCCUGCGACUGCGUUACAUCAUUUAAAGAAAAUGCUGUGUAUUGUAAACUUACAUUGUAUACGAUAACUUCCUCUCCUUUCCAUCUGGGCCUAAACUUUGGCAGUUCCCUCGUCUACAGCCUUGUGAAUAUUGUCCGCCAGCAGGAGAAAUACUGCCCAGCAGUCAGAAUGGAUCAUUGUAGGGGAAAAUUGUAGAAAUCCAUUUCAGACCAUUGUUGUUCCCACCCCGUUUUCCUCCCUGUGUAUGUACUCCACACCACCCACCCACCCCCCUUUUUUUAAGUAAAAUGUAAAUUCAAUCUGC